AUGUUUGAAUAUUUCUAUAAUUUUACAAAUGGGAAAGGGUACUUGAUUUCUAAUAAAAAAUUAAUACGAUUUUGCCCACAAGGUACUCCACUUGACAAAGACGUUGUUUGUACUUUAAAGAAACCAAUGUACACACCAAACUCACCAACAAAUAUGGAAAAUGCUUUUGAUUAUCCACAUUUUACAACCAGUGUAAUCGAGGAGUUUGAUAUGGUAGAUGCUUCAUUUUUGUAUUCAACUUCAUUGAAUACAAUAACUUGUAAUUGUGAUUCUAUUUACAACUUCACUUUAUACCAAAACGUCACAAAAUUGCAAAUUGAUUGUAUUGGAAACAUCAAAUCACUCGUUUUGUAUGAAAAUACAAACAUUGUAAUUUCUAAAAACACGACUUUAAGUCGAAUUUAUUCAAUUGAUUUUAGUGAAAAUAAUAAGACUUUUAUAUUAUUAGAAAAAGUUAGUGAUAAUAAUGUAAUUAGCAAUUGCUUUCUUGUUAAAGUGACUAAUAAUAAAAUAACAGGUGUUGUUUGUCACUCUGAUUUUUUGAAUGACAAUGGAGAGUGUUUUUCUCUUGUUAUAAACUGUGGGACAUACAACAAAAACAACAAGUGUGUAUUAUGCAAAAGUGGGUAUGUUUUAAAUGAUAAUUCCAAGUGUAUUUCUUCUGAAACGUGUUUAUAUGGCACAAUAACAAAUUGUUACAAAUGUCAGAACGGAUAUAUUAGAAAUAAUAAUGAAUGUGUGUUUGAUACCAAAUGUCAAUACAGUGAUGGAAGUGUUUGUAUAAAAUAUCAUGCGGGUAAUUCAUAUAACAAAUGUGAGAGCUGUGCAUCAAACUGUACUUUAUGUGGUUAUAAUUUGUGUUUUAUUUGUAACAAUAACUUUAUUUUAAACAAUGAAACUUUAUGUGUUAAAAAGAUAGAUGUGGUUUCAAAUAAAGUUUUGAUAAUUGGUUGCAAUGAUAUGUUUUACAUAGACAAUGGUGUUUGCAACACGUGUUUAUCCAAAUUUGAAAAUUCCUUGAAUUGCGAUAAACACAACACAAUUUCAUGUGAAGUGAAUUAUACAAUUACUUAUGAGAAAAAGUGUGAAUAUUUUAUUUGUCAGAAUGAAACGUUUACUGAACAGAAUGGGAUGUUUAUUUUAGAAAAAGACAAAUGCGUGUAUAUUGUGAACAAUAAAUGUGUUGAAUGUGAAAAUAAAUACAUUCUUAAUAUUAACAGAACUUGUGUAAAUAUUACAAACGAUACUUCAACAACCGUUUGUGUAACAUAUUAUAAAUAUGCAUGCAUUUCGUGUGCAGUUGGGUAUUACCUGUCAAAUGCCCGUUGUUAUUUGUGUUCUGAAAAUUGCACCAGUUGCCAUGAAAGUGGUACAAAGUGUCUAUCAUGUAAGUCUGGAUUUUACCAAAGUGAUAUUUAUCAAUGCCAACCAAGCACUGAACUGUUAAAUAAAUGUGACAAUGUAUCAACAAUUACAACUGGGUGUUAUCAAUGCAAAGACCAGUAUUACAGAGUUGGUAUGGACUGCUUAAAAUGUCUUUUAAAUUGCUCAACGUGUAACACAAAAAAUAAAUGUUUGGCAUGCAAUUUGACGAAUUACAAAACAAAUAGCGGUGACUGUUUGCCAUAA